ACGAGUUAAGAGCAGCACAUAUAAUAUCAACAACGAUGUCGAUACUCGUGACGUUUUUAGCGAUCAUUGCUAUUCUGAAUGGUACAAUCUUACUCGGUUUAGUUUCACCCGCGAGUGCCUAUAGAAGUUUAUCUUUGGAACGCGACAUUGGUGAAAAUUACCUAGUGUUCAGUGAUGGUGCCUUCGAAAAUACCACCGUCUAUUACGGUGUGUGCGGCAGGGCCACGGAGCAGACGGAGAAAGAAUGUAUUGUGCGCCGAGUGCAGGCGAAUUUCUCGGGAGGCUACCCGAAGGAGGACGAGUGCAACAUUGCGCUGCGCUCCGAGUCUGGCGGCUUCAUCAGAAGAGAUGAAAUUAAAAUCGAUACGCUUGGCAAAGAUCGAGCGAUCGUGCGUUGGUACGAGACGCCCGGCCACUUUGGCGAGAAGUAUAAUCAUUUGCGAUUUACCAUCGUCGAUUUUUCUAAUUGCAAAGUCAAAACUACCGAACUUUCAAAAGAUCUCAAUCAGCUGAUCAAAAAAGAGCAUUCGCCAUGGAAUAAGGGCACAAAUUGGCAAUUUUCUGGCUAUCUGUAUGAUGAUUUCAACAAACCGGUCUAUCUCAAAGGAGAAGAUGAUUUCGAAGUUGUAUCAUUUGACCUUAUGGACGUUAAAAAAACAACAGUCGACUCUGAAGGAGUUGCUUCGAAGGUCGAUACGUGGCUCCCUUAUCCGACUGAACCGGGUUACGAGCCACUUAUCUUAUCAUUGUCAAAGGACAAGGGAUAUUUGUUAUUCGAAAUUCCACCUCGCAAUUGGCCGGAAAACCAUACGCUUACUGUAGCUCUCAUUCAGCCAAAUGGUCAAAGACAAAAUUUAACUCAUAUCGAAUGCACGUUCGCACCUUUGGUCUCGUUGGCUAACGGAUUGAUCGGCAUAUGUGCUCCACAGAACUUUACAAUGAUGAAAUGCACGCAAUUCAAGCUCGGUGACGAAGAGAUCAACUGGUUUUCAGUCAGUAUCAUCUUGGAUUCUUCUGGUCAGAAACGAGCUAUCUACAAUUUGCCGGAAGGUGAAGGAUUUCUGACUCACUUCUCCAACAACUUCGGACAAACAGACGUCUUCAUAGGCGACAAGUACCUGCUGAAAAUCGGUCUAGAUGGAAAAACCAAGCAAUUCCUGGAUCCUGAUAUGAGGUGCAAGAAUGAGCCCGUGGAGGCCGGUUUCAAUAAAAUUUUCCUAGAUGAUCAAGGCAAUUAUUGCGUAAGCACUACCUGCGUGAGAGUUUUAUACCCUAAUUAUGACUUCGAAUCGAGUUACGUGAAAUUGCACACAAAGUGCUUCGAACCGGACGAUUUUAAAAAUGUUUCAAAAUACGAGAUAAUUAGCGAUGAAUUUUUGAACAAGCUAGUACUCGAAUGAUAAUUGUCAAUUACCCUUAUGUUGAAGCAUUUGUAUGUGGUACAUUUUUUUUUGAUAGAUCUAUUAUUCAAUGUAAAAACAAUUUUUAAUUCGUACGUAUGUCUUUUAAUAUUCUUGACUUUCUACUGAAUUUAGUUAGUAUCUCGAAAUAAAUACAAAUAAAGGGCAUAGACAAAUAAAAAAUUCCGAUAAAUA